CAGAGUAACCUCCGAUCAUUGAUUCAUCGCCACGGUACAAGUACUAUUUCUCAUGUCGAAGAUCCUGCAAGAUAUCCUUCCGCGUGUGUCGGCAGAUGUGGAAACACUUGGUGACUAUGUCCGAGCAACUACAGCGGCCGAGAUCACUCCCCUUUACUGCCUCCACGGGCCACCAGUCCGUCGAUCCCAUCGAGCCUCUGUGAUGGAAGCUCUGGGUAAGGUGGAUGUUGACUACGAUGAAAUCCUUAAACAGUUGGGAGAGUUGAAAGCCAUUGAAGCCAAGUUCCGUGUUUGGUGUGCUCGACUCCGCACUUCCCUGCAACCUGUUGCGGCAGUUCCAACAGAAGUUCUCCAAAGGAUUUUUUACUUCUCCGUUCGUCGGGCUAACUUCAGCCAACGCACGUGCGCAGACGCCUUAGUGCUCAGCCAGGUAUGUUCCACCUGGCGUCAUGCUGCCCAUUCGGUGGCAUCAAUUUGGGCCAUCAUACCCGGGCAUUGUGGGGUGCUGGAUCCACAGAAUCCAUACAUCCUAUAUUCGAGAGACAAACCCCUUCAUCUCGACCUCUACCCCCGGGAGUGGGAAGAUAAGAAAACACCGAUGCAACAUGAAAGAAUUCGUUCCCUGCAUCUUCCAAUUGGCUCCGAUGUACGACUCUCCGACGUACGACUCUCCGAUUACUCCAAGCUUCACCAUCUUGAACUGUGCAGCAGUGCCAAGCAUUCACCCAUCAAUUUCAGACCACUCUCGGAACUGCAGGAGAUACGCUCUCUAUCACUGAGUAAUGUCUCAUUGUUUCACAUACCCCAGAGUCCACCCCACCUGUCUAGCUUGAGGCUCGGGUGUUUUGACUGGGAUAUAGUCAGGCCGCUCACCAAGUCUGCCAUUCAAAGUGUUGAGAGCCUCCAUCUUAAUCACAUCACUGGUUAUGGGGCUCACAUGGGAAUCCCGAGGUUUCCACGGAUUCACACGCUUGAACUGCGCCAUUGCUCUCCUGAAUUCCUGAACUAUGCCUUCAGAAUGGAUUUUCCUCGUCUGUCGGACCUCACCAUAGCAACUAAGAGCAGCCUGGGUUCACGUGACCAGUCUUUCUACCCAGGUAGAAGUAGUCUCGGGGCGGUUCUUUGGCAGCUGGCGCCUUUUCUUGCUCGUGCAGCACAAAUUGAACGUCUAUCUUUCAGUGUCGUAUUCGAGGCUGAUCUCAACUCUGUGCAACUACUCCUGAUCCCGUCAUUCCGAAUAUAUGAAGAUUUGCAAGCUGAACUUUCGCCAGGGCACCUUCUCCCCAACCUUCGCCACCUCACACUUGUAUUUGGCUCCAACUCUCCGAUGUCACCUGAUGGAUUCCUUUCGCUCUUGAAAGAAAUCCUCACGGGUCGCAUACGAUUCGGGAUGGAUGCCAAGUUGAAACUCUCCCUCUCCCCAAAUUUAUUCCACAUUGUGAACGAGGCCUGGUCCACCAUCGGAGAUUUGGUCGAACAAUUGGAAUGUGUACCAGAGGAGUUAGCCCCAGUGGACAAUAGUGCCACACUUUGUGAAUGGUGUCGUUAUUAGAUGAUUGUUGUGUCUAGUAACCUAACCUGCUAACCCAACUCAACCAAAAAAAACUAUCAGAAUGUCAAUUCUAUUUACAUUGGUGAGUGAGUUGACUGAUGGUGGAUGCUUUGGGGUGCUUUGGUGCUUUGGUUUCAGCCUAAUCAGCCAGGAUCCAGGCCCAAUAGGGCCUUGAUUUUGCGUUGCCAUACAUACCCUAAGGGGUCCCCUACUAUGGGGGCCCCCAAUGUUGAUAACCAGUGAUGUCCACCAUGUAAACAGUAGAAGAAUUAACCACUGAAUUAUGAAUCAUCAACACUUUGUAUGAUACAUUAUCG